GUCUCAUUAUGCAGUUUUCACAUAUCUUAAUUAGGGGAAUUGGGUUUGGGGCCUCCCCUAUGGGGCUGCGCGCCCCACCCUUUUUUUUUAAACCCAAAAGUGCCCUACGGAAAGGUACUUUCCGUAUUCAAUUUAACUGAAUACGGAAAGGUACUUUCCGUAUUAUAUUUUGAUGACUACGGAAAGGUAUUUUCCGUAUUUAACUCUGACAGGAUUCCCUCUUUUCCACCAUUACUCCUCCCUCCACCAACCCCUUCACCAUUACUCCUCAGUCACCAACCCCUCACCAGCCCCCCUGAACCUCCUCAAUGCCUCCAGACCACCCUCUCUCUCACCCUCUCCUACCUCACUUUCAUUCCCAAGCUCUCCACCACCAUCCACUCCUUCAUUUCCCAAGCUCUCCACCACUAUCAACAAGUGUUGUAGUAGAGGGAUGACAGAUUCAUUUUUCUUUCGUGAGUCACAAUUGAUUGAAGCUGGAUUUCACAAUGGUCAACCUGAAGAGGCCACUACAGAGGUGCCACCACCAGCAUUUGUGCCCCCGUGUAUAAGUAUAGAUGUCUCGCAUUUAUUUGCAACUGAUCAGGUAUUCUUUGAACAUAUUUUUGCAUUGUUUUGAGAGUGUAAUAUAUCAAUUCUUAUUAUGUCUUGAUCACCCGUGUAAUCAAUUCUUAUUAUUAUAACAAAUUUUCCCUACCCGUGAUGAUCUUAUCAAUUGGGUUCAUGGAAUUGCGAUUGAAAAUGGAUAUGUUACGUUGAUCACAAAGUCAGAUUAUGGUGGGAAUGGAAGCAGAAAAGCUUAUGUCAUGUUGGGGUGCGAGAAGCAUGGUAAAUAUGUUCCUUAUAGAGACCCUGACCUUGUUGAAGGGACGAGAUCACAAAAGACAGGUUGUCCUUUUAGACUAAAAGGACGACCUAGGAAAAAUGGCAUAGAUAGAGAUUGGCGGCUAAAGGUGAUGGAAGGUAUACACAACCAUGAACCAGCUAGGUCACUACUUGGGCACAAUUUUGUUGGUCGUCUAAAACCCGGAGAGAAGGAGCAAGUGGGAAAAAUGACAAGGAGUUGGGUUCCACCGAGAAAGAUGUUGUUGACUUUGAAGGAAAACAAUCCUUCAAACUUGACUACCAUAUCUCAGAUUUAUGGUGUUUGCAAGAGGUUAAGAAAAUCCCUCCGCGGGGGAUUGACAGAAAUGCAACACUUGUUGAAGAAGUUGGACGGUGACAAGUAUGUCCACUUUGAAAGACAUGAGCCUGGAUCGGAAGUCAUUAGAGAUGUAUUUUGGGCUCAUCCAAAUGCUAUCAAACUGUUCAACACAUUCCCGUAUGUAGUGAUUAUGGAUUGCACAUACAAGACAAACAAAUAUGCAAUUCCCUUGCUUGAGAUUGUUGGACUGACUUCCACAGAUAAGACAUACUCCAUAGCCUUUUGCUACAUUGUUAAUGAGGGCACAGAUGACUACGUUUGGGCACUGGAGUGUAUGAAGUCUCUAUUAGCUGAUCAAGUCAUGUUGUCUAAGGUGAUUGUUACUGACAGGGAUCUUGCCUUAUUGAGUGCUGCUAAGCAAAGCCUUCCUAACACUACACAUUUAUUAUGCUUGUGGCACAUCAACAAGUGUGUUUUGGCAAAGUGCAAACUCUAUGUUGGCACAGAUGAUUUUGCUGAAUUGGUUAUGAUGAAGUGGGCAGAGGUGGUGGAUGCUGCAACAGUUGAAGAAUUUGAAGUGAAAUGGAUGCAAUUGUUUAAUAUGUGCAAGGCAAAAUACAGCAACUUUACCUCCUAUUGUUCUACUACAUGGUUGGUCCACAAGGAGAAAUUCGCCAAGGCAUGGACAAAUCAUGUGAUGCACUUUGGAACAACAACAAGUAACAGGGCUGAGGGUGCACAUGCCAGUUUGAAGAAGAUGUUACGGGAUUGCAAGGGUGACCUGGCCACUUCAUGGGAUGCGUCGCAUAGUUUGACAUGUAAUCGACAUACUGAAAUAUUAGCAUCGUUUGAGCGCAGUAUUCACAGAAUUGAUCACAUUUUCAUGUUCCCAUUUUACACAAAUAUUAGAGGAUUUGUGUCAAACAAAUGCCUGCAGCUCAUCGACGCUGAACAUAUAAGAAUGAAGUCCUACGGCGGAUGCGAUUGCUUGUUGAGAGAGACUCAUGGACUACCUUGCGGUUGUGAACUUGCAGGUUAUGAAAGAAUUCCAUAUGAGUCAAUUCAUCCAUUCUGGAAGAGACUGAGUUGGGAGCAUGUACCUGAACCUGUUGCAGAUACUACCAGCAACCAUAUUUGCGGCAUGAACCAUGGAGAUAUGCAACCAGAAGUUGAGGCAUUGACACAUUAUUUCAGUUCUUUGGAUACUGGAGGGCAGAGUAUGGUAAGGAGGAAGCUUCAAGCGAUCUAUUGUCCUGAAAGCUGUUCACUUUGUACUCCUGCGGUUAAGAUAUGGUCCAAGCGCACUCUUAAGGCGAAUGAGAAAAUACCACCCAAGAAUAAAGCAAUAGGAUCCUUGACUCGUGAUCUUUCAGGUUUUGAACAUGUUGAUAGGGAGAUCAGAGAGGCAAAGAAGGUUUCACAACCACCAAAGAAGAAGAAGCGUGUGAAGAAGUCUGAUACAAGCUAUUUCAUGGGUCAUUUUCCAUCCUUUUUCCACCCAUAUAUACAAACAGUUCAGAAUGUUGAGGAUGAUGGUAACUGUGGCUAUAGAGCCGUUGCUGCAUUACUCGGACUACCAUCAGGUGAGGAAAGUUGGUCAUGGGUUAGGGCAGCGUUGAUAGAAGAACUUGAACGACACAGAGGGUUGUAUGAUGAAAUGUGGUCCAGACAUGUGGUUAAUGCCUUACAUUCCCGACUCACUCUUCCUCCUGGUGAUCCGGCUACCGAGGAUAAAUGGAUGCAACUGCCAGAGAUGGGAUACCUUGUAGCAACCAGGUUCCAAGUGGUUUUCAUAUCCAUCUCCUCUACGGGUUGUUGGUCAUACCUUCCACUAAGAGGAGAAGGUCCACCGGAUGUACAUCAUGUUAUAGCUGUUGGUCAUGUGAUAAAUCACUUUGUACAGCUCCAUCUAACUCCUGGACAUUCUAUGCCGCCAAUUGCUCUCCAGUGGGAACGGUAUGUUGAUCCUACAUCAGUAAGCUGGUGCGCCCCAUAUGGUACACGUUUAGGCAGAUUCACAUCAGAAUUCGAAGCUUGGCUUGUUACUUUUGGUGUUCCUCUUAGUCACCAAAGCUAUGUAGACAUCACCUUAGAUUGACACCACACUUUUGUGUGAUAUUCAUUUGUAAACGCUCUGUAAUAUUAAUCUGAUGGGCCUUGCCCUUAUGAUGUUCA